GGUUUGCUUUUUGAUAGGUUUAUAUAAAUGUACAUUAGGUAAAAUAAUAUUCAAGUGAGUCGCGUGUCCACCUGUGGUUUUAUCCAUGUGAAUAAUGGUGUUCGAGCAGGUUUUUCUCGCUCUUUUACUACAGCAAAACGCAGAAGCUCCGGCGAAGACGGCGAUAUCUCCUCUGUGAUGGGCUUCUCUGGAUUUGGAAGGAAAGCUCGAACCUUUGACCUGGAUGCCAUUUUUGAGCAGACCAGGAGAACAGCCAUUGAGAGAAGCCAGCGUGUUUUAGAGGAUCGCCAGAAACAGGACGUGGAAGAGAGCAGCGCAAGUCAAACUGUUACCCAGAAAGAAAAGCCAUCUACAUCCACUGCAAGGAAGUCAGAUACUGAUAGCGACAGUAGUGGGUCUGAUUCUGAACUCAUCGGACCACCAGUACCCCCUUGUAUCGGAUCUAGGACUGCUGGUGGUGAUGAUGAUGAUGAUGAAGAUGACGAUUUGGUGGGACCCCCACUGCCUCCAGGAUACAAACACAGCACUACUGCUGAUGAUGAUGAUGAUGACGAUGAUGAUGAUGAUGAGGAUAUGAACGAUGAUGACGAUGAUAAUCCAGUAAAGAGGAUACCGGAUACUCAUGAAAUCACUCUUCAGCACGGCACUAAAACUGUUUCAGCUUUAGCUCUCGACCCGUCUGGUGCGCGUCUGGUCACCGGCGGCUACGACUUCGACGUGAAGUUCUGGGACUUCGCCGGGAUGGACGCUGCGCUGCAUGCGUUCCGAUCUCUCCAGCCGUGCGAGUGUCAUCAGAUCAGAUCAUUGCAGUACAGCAUGACUGGUGAUGUCAUUCUGGUGGUUUCCGGAAACUCUCAAGCGAAGGUUCUCGACCGAGAUGGCUUCCAGGUUCUCGAAUGUAUUAAAGGAGAUCAGUAUAUCGUGGACAUGUCUAACACAAAGGGUCACACAGCCAUGCUGAACGACGGAUGCUGGCACCCCAAGAUCAAGGAAGAGUUUCUCACUUGCUCCAAUGAUGGGACGGUUCGUACGUGGGACGUGAACUCGGAAAAGAAGCACAAGUCUGUGUUUAAGCCUCGAUCGCUGCAGGGCAAGAAAGUGACGCCCACCUGCUGCACCUACAGUCGGGACGGGAAGCUCAUCGCCGCCGGCUGCCAGGACGGAACCAUCCAGAUCUGGGACAGGAACUUGAGCGUUCAUACCAAGUUUCACUGUCGGCAGGCACACGCUCCUGGAUCAGACCCUUCGUGUGUCACCUUCUCAUACGACGGAGUGACACUAGCAUCACGCGGAGGGGAUGACACACUAAAGACCUGGGAUGUUCGCAACUUCAGGAAGCCUUUCGGUGUGGUUGAGGGUUUGACCUCCUUCUUUCCAAUGACGGAUUGCUGUUUUAGCCCUGAUGAUAAACUCCUCGUAACGGGAACCUCCGUCAAGAAGGACGAGGGCAAUGGAAAACUGCUCUUCUUUGAGAGAGAGUCGCUUACGAAGGUCUACGAGAUCGAAGUGGCCAAUGCGAGUGUCGUUCGCUGUCUUUGGCAUCCCAAGUUGAAUCAGAUCAUGGUUGGAACGGGGAACGGUCUGGCCAAAGUUUAUUAUGACCCGGUCAAGAGUCAGAGAGGUGCCAAGUUAUGUGUGGUGAAGAGUAAGAUGAAGGCGAAAAACGCCGAGACGCUGACGCAGGACUACAUUAUUACACCUCACGCUUUGCCCAUGUUCCGCGAGGCUCGACAGCGCAGCACCAGGAAACAGUUGGAGAAGGACCGUCUGGACCCCAUCAAGAGUCACAAACCAGAGCCGCCCGUGUCUGGUCCAGGUAGGGGUGGGCGUGUGGCUGCCCACGGGGGCACGUUGUCUUCUUUCAUCGUGAAAAACAUCGCUCUGGACAAAAGCGACGACAGCAACCCGAGAGAAGCCAUCCUGAGGCACGCCAAAGAGGCUGCGGAGAACCCCUUCUGGAUCGCCCCGGCUUAUAAAAAGACGCAGCCAAAGCCUGUGUUUGCUGAGGAGGAGGAUGAAGAAGAGGAAGACAAAGAUCAGCCAGAAUGGAAGAAACGCAAGAUCUGAUGAGAUUUACUCUUCCAGUUUUUCUCUGAGGGGAAUUUGUGCUAAUUUGUCAUUUGUUUAGAGAAGACAGUCGAUUUGAUAUUGUCAGUUGUUGUUUUUUACUGUCCACUUUUGUUUUUGUUCUUUUAGAUAAAAAAUAAACACACUUUGUGAACAAUGCAGUUUUUCUUGG